AUGCCACAACCAGCCCCAGACGAGCCCUCCGUCAAUGCCGGUAUAAGGGCUCCUAUGCCCGCACCAACCGAGAUGCCUGCAACCUUCACACAUCCCAUACUAUCUCCGUCAAACACCGGCUGCGACGUUGCUUCUUCACCUCCAGAAUCACCCCACAGCCGGCUUCCGCUCUCCAUCUUGCAAUCACACGGCUCUUCUAUCUCCUCUUCAACGUCUGUGAGCGCUGUGGGCGGAUUACUGCUUCGAGAUUAUGCCCGCACGGCGGACCCAUCUACAACAGACCAAGAAAUUCAUGUGAGAGAAGCACCAGUGGUUGAGUCUCAGUCCGCGGAGACUGUUCCUGUUCACCAACAGGCGGAAGCGCAGCAUUUAGCACCAGCAGCAACAGACAAAUUGGUAACUUCAGCGCCAACAACACCGUUUCUUCCUUUACGAUCAUUCCACACACACCGACAGGGAAAUUUGUCCUUGGAUACGAUACCGCGGCAGACCAUCAUGAAGGCGCUAGCAUCGAGACCACCUUUGAAUGGCAAUGCGCCAUCGUUUACGUUGGCUUCGUCGCUGAACGGAGUUUUGAAUGGAUCAACCAUGCCUAACGCGGAAGAGACAGAACAGGAAGAGAAAGACAGCACAUCCAAUUCUCAAAAAUUGUCGGCGGUACUGUCUACCCUACAAGCACAGCAUACUGGUUACUCAGACAAGUCCUCGGCGACGGCCCGGCUUGCACUUCAAUCCCCGUGUUUCUUCCAUCAACGAUUUGACGAUGCAGUCAACAUCCAGAAAGUACUUGAAGAGAUAGCAGACGAUGAAUGGCUGUCGCAUUCACGUCUUGUACAGACGGCAACCGGAGUCAGAGAAGUUUCAAAACAACUGCAACGGCGGCCGAUAAAGCGCGCUGUCAAGACUGUGAUGAUAGUCACCAAAGCGCGGGAUAAUCGUCUUGUCUAUUUGACCCGCGAACUAGCCGAAUGGCUUCUCAGUACCCCACGGUACGGAAAGGAUGUAGGCAUCACUGUGUAUGUGGACUCAAAAUUGCACAGUUCCAAACGGUUUGAUGCUCCAGGGCUGAUGGCCAAGGAUCCUCGCUUCGAGUCGAUGUUAAAGUACUGGACUCCUGAUUUGUGCUGGACGUCACCGGAGAAGUUUGACUUGGUUCUCACGUUGGGCGGUGAUGGUACGGUUCUGUUCACUUCAUGGCUGUUCCAGCGCAUUGUGCCGCCAAUUCUAUCUUUCUCGUUGGGAAGCUUGGGCUUCCUGACCAAUUUCGAAUUUGAUAAGUAUAAGGAACAUUUGAAUCAAGUCAUGGGCGAUGGCGGAAUGCGCGUCAAUCUGCGUAUGCGAUUCACAUGUACUGUCUACCGGGCAGAUCGAAGCAAAGGCGCGGCACCCGGAGAUGUGGAGGAAGGGGAGCAAUUCGAAGUAUUGAAUGAGUUGGUUAUUGACCGUGGGCCAUCGCCUUAUGUGUCGAAUCUUGAGCUAUAUGGAGACAAUGAACUUUUGACGGUAGUUCAAGCGGAUGGCUGUAUCUUUUCCACUCCAACAGGCUCUACUGCUUAUUCACUUUCCGCUGGUGGCUCAUUGAUUCACCCAUCUAUUCCCGGCAUCUUGUUGACUCCUAUUUGCCCUCAUACUCUUUCAUUCAGGCCUAUGGUCCUCUCCGACACUAUGCUUCUACGUAUUGCGGUGCCCAAUCUCUCUCGGUCUACCGCGUACUGCUCUUUCGAUGGUAAAGGCCGCAUUGAAUUGCGACAAGGCGACUAUGUCACCGUCGAGGCGAGUCAAUACCCCUUUCCGACCGUUGUCUCUGGUGGCGGUGAAUGGUUUGAAAGCGUCCGUCGCGCUCUCAGAUGGAAUGUCCGCGGAGCGGUUCAGAAAGGCUGGAACGGCGAUGUUGGCGAAAAUGCGGAGAAUGGACUGGACGAAGAGAAUGUCGAUUUUGACAUUGACUUUGACAACGCCACAGCGGGCACUGAUAGCGGCGUUGGCGCGAGUGAAGAUGGAGAUACAUAUGGCAAUGGAUCGGGCAGUCCGAUGAGGAGGCAAAUGAGUUUAUUGAGCAUGUAG